AUGACGCCCGCCCCUGAGACAGGGGCGCCCUCACCCUGGCCCCUGGGCUUCCGCGUGAGAGCCAGCGGGGCGCUCGCCUGCGUGAGCUUCCUGAGCCUCAUGCCGGCGCGAGGGGCCCCUACGUGGAGAACGGCGCUCGGAGGGGCAGCAGUCGGCAUGAUCACGAUCCUAGGCGCCCUGUCCUGCUUGGCGCGGCAGUGGCUACCGCGCCGCACAGGCCCAGCGCUGCCCGACAGCGACAUGCAGUCACUCAAGGACGAGCUCGAGCGGAUGCGCGAGCUGAUGCGGGCAUCGGGCAUGGCAGCAGGAGGUGGCCAUGGGAAAGGCGGACCCGACGGCGAGACCGAGGGGCUGGCUGCCGCCGUGCCCUUCGGGAUUCCCGGUGGAGCCCCCGCCCUUCCGCCCGCCCUCGGCGCCAGCGGCGCCGCCGCCAGCGGCUAUGCGCCUGCGGGGGCCAGCGCCCUCGGCGACUUGGCGGGCUGGGCUGGGACGCCUGGGACCGUGGGCGGCGGCGAGACCGCCCAUCGUCCGACCGAGGUCGGAGCCGCCAGCAAGGCGGGCGCCUCCCUCGUGAAGGGCGGCCGCCUCGACAUGUCCGCGGUGCACCUCUUGCGCGGGUACGGCCACGUGGGCGCAGGUACCGUCACGGUGCCGAGAGUGGCCGACCUGGCCCGAGGGCCGGAGGCCUUGGCCUCCAGUGCAGCGCCUGCCCUCGGCGGGGCGGCGGGCGACCCGCUGGGCCUCGGAGGCUUGGCCACGGCGGGUGGAGGCAGCCAGGAGACGAGAUGGGGAGCCAGCCUCCCGCCGGAUAUGCAGAGGGCCGGCGCGGAGAUCUAUCGAGCAAUGAGGGCUGAAGGAUGUACUUCUACACGAGAUUGGUCGUCGGCUCGGUGCGGCGGGAGCCGCGCGUCGCCCGCGUGGGCCGAUCUAUGGGCGGCGGCAUCUACCAUGGACUUUGCCGCGCGGGACUGCAAGACCGAAGAUGACCACAUGAAAUUCUUGAGUACCAGCGACCUGAUGGAGAUCUCCCUCCGUCGCCUGGCGGCGUAUAUGUAUGAGAGUAGGUCAGGCGACCGCGCGGGAGCGCUCCACAUGCUGGGGGCAUCACCCCCAGGCAGCCAGACCGACGUCGCGCCGAGCUGGCUGGUGCAGUCGGCCACCGCCCACAGCAAAGCAGAGCACCAGAGGAACGAGAGGGCGGCCGCCGACCUGAGGCGGCGGGGCGGCAAGGGCGACAAGGGCGAGAAGGACAAGACCAAGAAGGGCAGCGAGCGCGGCCGAUGGGUCCAGAAGCAGGUGCUGGACAAGACCCACGGGCUGCGCGAGUUGCUGCACACGGCGCCUGGCGCCAAAUUGUACCCGAUCCCUUUGGCGGAGGCUCCUGGGCGGCCACGCAGCACGCCCAACCGCCUCCGCCAGCGUUUUCACAAGAAGUUCGCCCUGAUGACUUGGGCUAAUGAGUACUUGUCGGCUCUGAACGCCAUGCAUCGGGGAGACUGCCGAGAGCUCGCACGGGGGAGCCGUGAUCAAGAUCGUUUGAAGGAGAUGCUCCCCCACCACCAGCGAAUUCAGCGACUGGCUCUACGUGAGGCAGCGCGGCUUCGAGAGGCGCGCCAGGACUGCGGUCUGACAGGCGCCCAGGCCAUCGAGAAGUUGGUGAAAUCGGAAGCUCUAUCAUACACGGGAGCCCAGAGGCGCAAGACUGCGCAUGAGACCCUGCGAGCCGAUGCUGUAGAUGAGCCCCUGGAUCCCCGAGUGGCGCCCAUGUUGUCCGCGUUGGGUCCAGAGGAAGCGGCCUUCUACUCCGAGGAGGCCCAAGUAGUCGCGGCCCCAGAGGCCCGCUCGCAGGCCAUCUUUCGGGAGCUCGAGCAGCAGUACGGUUCCGUCGGGGGGUCUGAGGAGGAGUGCGCUAGGUAUUUCCUGAGGCAGGACAUCGCCCCCAAUCUCUGGAAGUUUGGGUUUCGAGAGGACGUUCGAGCUAUUGCAGGAUUCACAGUGGUGCCCAAGAAAGACCCAGCUAAACAACGUAAGAUUAUCAUGAUGGUGGCCUCGAACUAUAUGUUUCAAGAUGCACGGCCUCGCGAGGAGCACGGACUCCACGGCGGGGCAGCCCUUGCCAGUGUGCACGUGCCGAGCGAUUUCGUCAGCGCGUCGGCCUUCGACGAGAGCAAUGCUUUCACCUCGGUGGAGGUACCUGAGUGGAUGCGGGCGUGGCAAGCUGCACCCCCUAUCCGGGCCGGCCUGAUCUGGGCUGUUCUUCCCUGGGCCGUCCGGGGGCGGGCCAGGCCUGGAGACUGGAUCUACCCUAUGUGGAAACGCCGAGUCAUGGGGGGUUCGGACAGCGUCCAUAUCCUGAUGAAUAUUAACAUGACCAGUGUGGACCGCACGCUCGUUCGCAGCUGCGGCCUGUGGCGGGGCUACUCGGAGGAAGAUUUCGACGUCAAUGAGGAGGGCCAGCUCUUGGGUAAGAACGACGAGGAUUGGGCGUCCGAGGACGUAGGGGAUCUGGAGGAGUGGCUCCACGUCUUGGGGGCCGCGCACGGCCUGGAGAUCUUGGUGCUCUCGUGUGACCUCGAGCUGGGCCCCAACUGGGACCUCGCCAUUCCUGAGACCUUCCAGAAGUUGUGGGGCCUGGUGGCCCAGGGUUACAUUGAUGG